AAUCUAGUCGGGUUUCUACAAAAAAUGAAAGCCACUUAAGUGAAGAUUACUUCGUGUUUUCAUUUGAGUCGCAUUUCGGAUUUUGGUUGAUUGCUGCAGUUUGGAGAGCUUAGUACUGGAGUUUGGAGAGCUAAGGUGCAGGACAUUACCAUAUCAAUGGACCAACGUACUGCGGCAUUGUUCUUCCUGUUUGCACUGGUGUUCUCCACCAUGUCGGCUCCCAUCUAUGAAGAGGCUGACAGUAAUGGGUGGCUUGUUCCUUGGCGACCUUUAGCGUUUUCUAAACCCAAAUGCUUCUACAAAGAUGAGUGCCUCAAAAUCGACGGUAAUGAGAAAUGCAAAAAGACAUUUUGCUGCCGCUUCCUAAGGGACACUGAGAAACCAACUUGUGAUACUUCCGAAAAUGAGUCUUCAUCAGGUUCUCUCUGAAGGUUUAUUGAUGUACAGGCACCAAAAAUGCACAGUGACGGAGCGGUCUUCUGAA